AUGAACCGUGUCGUGUUCCUAUUCGCACUGCUGGCCGUGGCGACCGCAGAGCCGCCAUUCCGGUUCCGGUCCCGAGCUGCAUUCCCGGGUGUGCAGCGGCCAAAUGCCCGCUUCGCUCGGCUCGAGGAGCAACCGCAGCAACAGCCACAGCCGGCCGAGGAACAACCGAGCACCGGUUACCAGUACCCCAAGCCGAUGUCCUCCGGGUAUCACUAUCCCAAGCCGGCCCAACCGUUCCCGCUGCCGGGAGAGGAUUCCACCACCGGAGCCGCUCCAGUAACAACGACUGCGGCCGCCACCGACGAACCGACUACCACGGUGGAACCCCCAGCGUCGACGACAGUCGCCUUCGAGGACUACGAGGAGUCGACGGACGCAGAGGCUACUCCCACCGAAGCUACCAACGCGAAACUUCGCCGCCGACCACAGCAACUCAACGGGCCGUCACCGAUUCGUCUCUCGCUCGGACCGGCCCAGUACCGUCAGCAGCCUCAGCAGUACCUCCUCAACCAGCGCCUCGAGCAGCCAGCGACCCUCCCGGUCGCAACCGUCGACGACGCACUGCGCCCGGUCUAUCUCAUCAAUCUUCCCGAGUCCACCCUUCAGCAGCUGAUCCUGUUGAACGGCGCCCAACUGCAGCAACAGCAGCAGCCACUCCAAGUGAUCCCGCAGCCGACCGCCGUCUACCUGUCCGAGCUGGACUACAUCUACAAAAAGAAGUAA